AUGAGCUGGCUCUUCCCGCUGAGCAAGAGCGGCGCGUCGCCCGCGGCCGGAGGCGGAGGCGCGGGGGGCGGCGGGGGCGGAGCGGGGGGUCUCACCAGCCUCCAGCAGCAGAAGCAGCGGCUCAUCGAGUCUCUCCGCGCCGCGCACGCCAGCAUAGCUGAAAUACAGAAAGAUGUGGAAUACAGAUUACCGUUCACAGUAAACAACCUUACAAUUAACAUCAAUAUCCUGUUACAGGGCCCAGCGGGAAUGCCUCCUUAUGCUGCUCAGGGUUUCCAUUUCUUCCCCUAUCCUCCACAAGAAGCAAACAGGCCCAUGGCGUCUGUCCCAGUUGCUGACGCUGUUUCUCCGGCCUCCAGUUAAUCCACACCCAAGCCUGCUGCACCCUCUUAUGGUUUCCUCUCCAGUCUGCCGUUGGCCCGUUCCACCACAGAUGCCCGGUGCUGACAGGCCAAAACGGGGUGUGGCUACAAGAUGCCUGAUAUCCCUGAUGCGUUUCCUGAGCUCUCAGAACUCAGCCUGUCGCAGUUAACAGAUAUGAAUGAGCAAGAAGAAGCCUUCCUGGAGCAGUUGUCCACCCUGCCACAGCUGAAGCAGGUCAUCACCGACAAGGACGACUUGGUGAAGAGCAUCGAAGAUCUCGCCCGGAAAAACCUCCUUCUAGAGCCCAGCCUAGAAGCCAAGAGGCAGACGGUCCUCGACAAGUAUGAACUUCUCACCCAGAUGAAAUCAGGCUUCGAAAAGAAGAUGCAGAGGCAGCACGAGCUUAGCGAGAGCUGCAGCGCCAGCGCCCUCCAGGCGAGGCUGAAGGUGGCAGCCCAUGAGGCAGAGGAGGAGUCUGACACGCUCGCAGAGGACUUCCUGGAGGGAAAGAUGGACAUUGAUGACUUUCUCAGCAGCUUCAUGGAAAAGAGAACUAUUUGCCAUUGUCGCAGAGCCAAAGAGGAGAAGCUUCAGCAGGCCAUGGGCACACACACCCAGUUCCAUGCUCCCCUCUAGAUUUUCCUGAAAAUAUGAACUGCCAAGAGAAGAAUGAACAGUCCCAAUUAAGCCCAUUCUAAAUAGACAUGAUUUGCAAACAGGCGCUUCAUCCUAAUGGUUGUGUCGUGUGGUAGAGAUGAGCUAUGUCACUGCAUAGAGCCGGGCCUGGUUCUGUCCGAAUUAGGAUGCCUGCUAUUAUCUUUAUUUGAGAGAUCUUCUGCACUCUUUGCACUCAAAAUAGCCUUUGUAUUUAUUGUUGAGAAAGUCUUUUACCAUAUUUAAGUUUCUGCUGCUACUCCCUGAUUAUUAGAAAUUAAAUGCCUAUGCAUGUAAUUUUGGAUAAAUUCAAGUAUUUUAUAAAUUCAUAUUCUUUUAAAUUCA